UCUGAGUCGGGCCUACCGUUGGCUGUGAUCACGUGACCCGCUGCCUGCGUACGCGCCGGGGCCAGCAGUGAAGAUGGCGGACGAGAGCGCAGACGGGGAUUUGGAUCGCAGUGGCGAAGGCUGGGCGGACGAGGACACGUUUUACGCCAUGGAGAGCUUGCAGGCGACGCUGCAGCACCUCGAGGCCGCCCUGAGACAGCGAGACAUCUCGGAGGCCUCGUCCACCGAGUACUGCGACAACUUCUGUCAGGCUCUCAUGCACUACGCCGGGAGUCGGAACUCGGUAGAGCACGGACUCACGUUGCUGGAAGUCUACUGUCUCUCCAUCAACUGCUUUGCAUCAGCGAGGCCGCACCUGACGGCCAAUUCGUCCAGCGUGGCCCUCGUGCUGAAGAGACUUGCGCUGAGCUGCUUUGAAUUACUUCUGUCCGUACCUCAGAAUGAGAUCCCACUUGAAGCCUGGCUGCAGUUUCACGGCUCUGUUCAGGCGGCGCAUGAAGCUAUGCUGGAGUACGGGAGCACAGACCUACAGGCGCUGGUACAGAUCACUGGAGAGGGCGGGGCAUGGAGUAACCCCGCCCUCGUAGCCCUCCUCACCGAGCAGCCCACGGAAGCAGAUGAAUUAAAUGCCUACCUGGGUCUAGAGGGAGGGGACUUUCUGGAGAUGAGGAUCAAGCAUCUGGAGAAAGUGGGAGAGGUUGAGAAGGCUCUGAUCCUCACUAAAGCCUGUGGCAACUGCAGCUUGUUGCCCAAUCAGGCCACCUUUCGCCAAACUUACGUCACACAGCUCUGUCAGCAACUGCCCAGCGAGGAGGCCAUUCUAGAGAUUUCCAGACUGGAUGGCAAGGAUGUUUUGGACAUCAUUUGCAAUAUGGAGACGGAAGGUGAUGAGAACACAGCCUUCAUCCUUUGCACCACAUACUUGACGCAGCAGCUGCAGAAAGGAACCCUGUACUGCUCCUGGGAGUUGACACUCUUUUGGAGUAAGCUGCAGAGGAGGCUUGACGGUUCCCUUGAAUCGUUCCUAGAACGCUGCCUCCAGUUUGGGGCUAUAGCAAAGACUGUCUACCAUCUGCUGUUCCUUAUUCGAGUAAUUCAGACUGAGGUAAUGCACCUUGGUCUGGCAGUGUCUGUUGAACUUUGUGUGAAAGCCCUUCAGCUUCCAAGGCAAGAGUAUCCAGAAACCAAAACCACUGUCUGCAAAACUGUGGCCUGUCUCCUCCUGGAUGAUUUGGAGGUGCUGCGAGCAUGCCAGCUCACCGAUUUUCUUUUAAGCCCCUCUCCAGAGGUGUUUGCAGGCCUUGAGGAUCUUUACAAGCGUCCAGAUCAAAAGUAUGACGAGGAGAAUGGUAUAAUCCCAAAUUCAUUACGCUGUGAACUGCUGCUUGCACUCAAAGCCCACUGGCCAUUUGACCCAGAGUUCUGGGACUGGAAGACUUUAAAGCACUACUGUAUGAAGUUGCUUGGGCUGGAACCUGAGAAAGAGGACAGUCGUGUGUUGGAACGUGUUCAUAGUGUGCCAACCGAGGUGAACAGAGAGGAGGAACAUGUUGAAGAAGAAAAGCAGGAGGGUGAAGAAUGCAGCAGUUCUGAAGUGAAGAGUGAGCAGCACAAGAAAGAUGAAGGGAUGUUGCAACGAAAAAGCUCAAAAGUGGUUCUUUGGACUUCAGAACGAUCCAAAAGGUGGCUUCAGUACAAAGUACGUUGUGAGAUAUGCCAGAAGGACGUGAUUGAGUCACGGUUGUGUCACCAUGCCAGAAAACACGUGGAGAACGGCAUGUGGACGUGUCCUGUAUGCCUGCAAAAAUGCGGAAGCAAAGACGAGUUUGUGCCACAUUCCAAAAAACACCUCCAAAUGCCUCCGUAUCAUCUGAAAAGGAAGAAAGUUAAAAAUAAGGUGAAAAGCGAACAAAAGCUGGAAACGGGUGACUGUGGUUUGAAAGACUUGGAACCUGGUGAGAUACGCUUGGACCCAUCCUCUGGUGUGUUAGAGCAUGUCAUGGAGCCAACUGCCAUUGUGCCUAAUAAGGAAGCAGACGAUGAUUACAUUACAUUUGAUUACAUCAGUACUCACUAUAAGUUACAGGAUCGUGAGGUUUAUCUAUGCCCUGCCACUGACUGUUCAAAACAUUUCAAACUUUUCAAGUACUUGGGUGUUCACCUGAGGAACGAUCAUGAUGACACAGACCUAAAUGUCAAACAUUACAUUGAGAUGAGUAAUCGUCGAGAGAAGUGCACGUUCUGUCGCCGAACGUUUAUAACAGCCUAUCACAACCAGAAGCACCGGCGCGUACAUUACGGAGAUUGUCCUUACAUGUGCGUAGUUGCGGGUUGCAAUGCUCGUUUUGAAUCAAUCAACGAACUCAUCAUACACAAGCACAGACAUAGCUUUCGGCUGUCCUACCACUGCGAACUGAAAGGUUGUAGCCUCUCCUUUUGUGACUUAGGUCAGCUGUACCACCAUGAGGCUCAGCACUUCCGAGAUGCAGCGUACACCUGCACCAGCCCAGGCUGCAAGAAGUUUUACUACUCUCGUCAGGAAUUUCUGAAACACAUAGACACCCAUGACAUCACCUUCACAGAAAAGGACUUUGAGGCCCAGAGGAAAGCGAAAAGGAAACUUUUGCUGCCUGUUAUAGAGGAGGAUGAUGGCUCAAAAGCAUCCUUUGGAUCAAAAGGGGAAUGUUUAAAUGGUGAGCAAACAAACCUCUCAUCAUCACAGCACUUGGAAAGCAAAGACUCCAAGGGUUUACUGACUUGUGUAGCUGUGUGUUUUGAUGGUAAAAAAUUUACCUGUGGCUUGGAAAAAUGUGGAAGGACUUUCAGCAAAGCCAGCGAUAUCCAAAAGCACUUGAAAAUUGUCCAUCCCAGCCAGUUUAAAAAAGAAAAUACAGUAUGCAAAACAGUAGAAAAUGAAAAGCGCUCAAAGGCUAAAACCGUGAAAGAGCAUAAUGGUCAAGAUAAAAGUCCUACUAAAGGAUCUAGUCAAGAAAAGGCUACAAAUUCUGCACUGUGUGAUAUAACACCUUCAGCACUCAGUAGUCAUGGAUGUCACACCGAACUGGCUGGUGCGUUGACCGAAAUUGUGCUAGGGCUUAAUCAGCUAAGUCUUAAUUCCACCCCCUCUAGAAACGUAAAUCAUACUACACAUGCUUCAGGAUCUAAAGUGCCACAGGUGACCUGUCCUAAAACUGUGAAUGCUAUAUCGCAAACCAAAGUACCAGCAAGCAAAAUUGAGUUAGGAUCUCACCAAGCAGCUGCUGAUUUAGCGAGACAGCAGUUAAAGGCUCAACCACCUCACAAGGCAGAAUCGGCACCUACAUCGGUUAAGGAUCCUUCGUUUAAUGGCGAUAAACAAGAAAAUAGCCUGCAUGUAAGCAAGCCUUUUGCUUGUGAAGUUGAAGGCUGCUUCUACAAAAGUGUAACUAGUCAUGCGCUGAUGCAGCACUAUGUCAAAAAGCAUGACUAUACCGACGAGAAGGUGAAACAGAUGGACAUUUUUAACCCACUCAAGUUCAAGCCUUUUAAAUGCCACCUUUGCUCUAGGGAUUACAAAGAAAAGAAGGAGUUGAAGGCCCAUUUGCUUCAGAAACAUAAUAUGAGCAAGGAGAUGGCAGAGCAAAUUCUGUGCUCUUUUGCAAGGAAGGUGGAUGAUUGUCCACCUUCUGCUCUGACGACAAGGGAGGUCCAUACUGAAAAAAAGGAUGUGCCUACUGGGAAGAACAGGCUUCUAAAUGGAGACCAUUGUGUAUGGGAGGGCAACACUGAGAGAAGUAAUGGCAAAAUUAUGACUGAACACAAGAGGUUGAGGGGUAACCCCAUUUCGUCGUCACAAAAAGGCACUUCUGAAGGUAAAACAGAUGUAGGUGGAACCUCACUGAACAGGAGGGUUAGUAAACGUUUGAUGACAAAAGUGAAACCAGAUGAAGACAAACCCUAUUGUUGUUUACAUAAAGGCUGUGGUGCUGGCUUUGCUAAGAAGUUCAACCUUCUGCGCCACCUUCAGGUUGUGCAUUACCACCGCUCCAAUCUUUGUUGGCAGAAGACUUUCCCUUGUAAGUAUGAUGGCUGUAAUAAGCGAUUUAAUCAUCUAUCCAGUCUGAACAGACAUUACCGCAAAGGCCAUCCAGUAUCGGAGGAUCCCAUUCCGAGAUUCAAGUGUACCUAUCCCAAGUGCAAUGCAACCUACCACCUGAAGAGCAGCCUUAUGCGCCACACCAAUCAAACACACCAGAAUCAGACUCCACUGAAGUCCACAGCUCCAUCUUCUGUCUGCAAGUUCAAAGAUGUCUACAGGCGCUAUGACAACUCAGGUCCCCUUGUGGUGCGUCUACAAAGCACGAACAAGAGAGAGCGAUCCAAUAGUGGGUGCCAAAAAAAACUGAUCAUCACAUCCAGUUCUCAGUCUCUGAAGGUCUCCAAAAGGCAGUCUUUAAGAUGCUCCCCUAAAGCUGAGGAGAAUGCUGAACACACUGAAGAAACCCCAGAGGGACCAGAUGCCAAAUGUGUAAAACCAAAGAAAACAAAGUCCAAGUUUGCGUACCGGACACCUGAGGAGGCUUUGCAGAUGUGCCAAGACCGCUGCUUAUCAGAGGCGUAUCCAUGCAUGGUGCAGAGCUGCAAUUCUGUGGUAUCUAGCAAGCGCAGCCUGCACCGACAUUACUUAAAGUGUCACAAAAUGCUUCACACCAAGGUGAGCAAAAACAAAGACACACUUUUUUAUACUGCUGAGCAACUAGAAGAACUGAUACAAAAGAAAUCAACGGUAUCUGCUUUGCCAGAUUCAGACAGGGCUCCUAAUGGGGUCCUCAAAAUGGAGUAUCAAGCCGAGCCUGAGAACUCUGGGGCGCCACACCUUCCCAUGAGCCUCCAUUCUGUCAAAACCGAACAACUGAAACAAGAGGCAUCUCCCUCAAGGGAUCCACCUCCAGAUUGCAGCGUAAUGGUUGGUGCUGAUGAUGUGCUUUAUGGGGAGUCUAAUGGCCAUGCAGAGAAGCUUGUUGACGCAGAGAGCCAAACUCAGGAGGAACGAACAAAAACUGACUCUCCUGCACCUCCUCUUGUGCCCCCUCCACCCCUUGACCUUUCUCCACCAUCUACUCUUAGAAUAAAUGUCAACAAUGCUUCACUGGACCCUUUAAACAGAGACAGCAAGGCUGUUAGUGUUCCUGCUACCAUCUAUAUACACACAAAUGCUUCUUUGACACGUCAGCCUCUAAGGGGGAAAAAUUCUGAACUCUCUGAGCCGUUACCUUCUGCACCUCAUCCACUGGCUCAGAAAGAUGCCAUGGUACCCAAUCUAGGUCAACGGGCAUUUGACAUGGCGGCUUACAAGCCAUUGGGUUUCGAAUCCUCCUUUUUGAAAUUCAUACAGGAGAAGGAAGAGAAAUCUCAAUUUGAACCCCUGCGGACAGUGGCGGUCUUAAACCCCUGCUACAAACCCGAUGUUGCUCGCCGACGUGAUUCCUUCCGACACAACUCCUCUGUCAAGGAGAACAACUUGAGACGAUCCGGCAUCAGUCACAACCGGAUGUCGCACUUGUCACCCCUUAAGUCCUUGCUUUCCACAGAAGAAUGUAGUUCUAUCCAAAACCUGCGUUUUAUCUUGGAAAGGGCCUUAAUGGGCUGUGGUGACCAGGCAAUAAAGCAGCUUCAGUUCCUGAAGCCUGUGGUGGUCCUGGAAAGACCCAAAUCAUCUGCUUCCCUGCUUGAUCUUCUGCCCUCUGAAACACAAGCAUAAACUGCGCAACCUGCUACUUAGGACUAUGUAGAGAGUUCACCUCAUGUUUUUGUUUUCUUUUGUUUUUGGUGAUCCAAAGUACUUCCACAGUAUUUUUUAAUUAUCGUUAUUACAACUUGGUUAUUUGCCAAACCGCCAAGGUGUUAUACCUUGAUUGCUUACCAGUCACAUGUUUAUAUGUGUCAGAAAGAGCAAAUAAAAAAAAAAAAAAAAUCUGGGAAUUAAAUUGCAAAGAUGUGUGUUUCAUUAUUUAGGCUCAUUCUAUACGUUUCCAAAGGAGAAAGGGCAUUCAUUCUGCCAAUACCUUUCACAUUUAUUUAAAGGACAUGAAUGUUUUAGUCAUUUUGUUGUAGUAAAUAAUGCAACAUUUGAAAUAUAAAAAUAAUAUUUGUUGCCUUCUGUAGUUUAAGGCAUUAGCUGGGUGAGAUGCUAAUUAAGUAUAUACUGGUUACUGGUUUAUUUUUAAAAGCAAGUUCUAACUUAAAUGCUGGACAUUUUAUCCAAACGAAAAAACUUUUGUCAGAGUAAGAUUGACGUACUCCACGUAACACAAUAGAAUUUCUGUUCCAAGACAGUGACCUUGAUUAUGUGGAUAUUUGAUGCCCGUGUUAGCAAAGUGACAGGUAUUUCUCACCAUGAGUGGUAUGGGCCCAGAAAGAUGAGCUGGUUAUGUGCAGUUCUUCUGUUCUGCAGUACACACAAUAUUUUCAUGCAGAUAACACAUUAUUACAUCUAUACAGAUGUAUUUAACAAAGAAGCACAAAGCAUCCUUACAGUUAUGUCCUUGUAGGUUUCCUCUGGGUUCUCUGGUUUCCUCCCACCUCCCAAAUAUGUCCUUCAGGUGGAUUGGUUAUGCUAAUUUGCUGUAUGUAUGAAUGUGAGUGUGCAUGGAUUCCUAAGAUGGACUGCUGUCCCAUUCACACUGUGUCCCUGCCUCAUGCCCAAUGUUCCUGGGAGAGCCUCUGGAUCCACCUCGACCCGUAUGAAGAUAUAGCAGUCACUGAAGAUGAAUGAAGGAAUAAAUGCUUCUGCAGUAAGUUUGCAUUCAUGUACAGUUAUGUCUACAGGCCACCAAACUGGGUUUGCUGGACAGAAUUACUGGUGCAGGUGCACAAUUCAGUUCUGUUCCUGCGAAAUUACCUUUCUGAAUUGGCCAUUAGCGGGCAGAGAGUUACAAUUUCCUGAUGAUUCUAUGGGAUUAAAGGUUAAGAGAAGGAGCCCUGAGCUAUUUCUUGAAGCGGCCAGCUUUGUAUGUAAAUGCAGGCAAGAAAACAGUUUAAUGAUCGCUAAACCAAGAGACUGUUGGUGAUGUGGGAUGAUGCAUUUCCCCUGCACUUCGAAGUAAGCUGUCCGAUUUGUGUUGCUAAUUUAAUUCUUAAAUGGUUAAUUUAUUUAUCUACUCUUUGCACCUCUUUCACUCUCAGUGGUAGGAGUUGAACUGAAAGUUAUGGAACAUUUGUAAGUGAAAAAGCAAUGGCUUUGUUGGUGGUAUGGCAAGACUAAUGUGAGAGGUAGAGUGAUUGCUGCCUCUUGUUUUUAUCUGUGUUGUCUUUUUCACUUGACUUGAUUGCUGGCUGUCAAUGUCUAUUAUAAGGUACUGCAUAUUUGAUCAGUUUUAUUAGAAAUGAUAGAAAUUGCGAAUGGACUGUGUUGCUAUCAUUACUCGAAUGAUAGUUCAUUCUUGGCCAUAAAACUUAGGGUUGUAGGUCUGGGGUCAGACACUCCAGUCCUGAGGACCACAGCACUGCAGAAUUUAGACUUACGCAUCAUUUUAUCUCACCAGUUUAUUAAAGAGGUCUUUGUCAGUGGAAUUUGGUGUUUAGAAGAGAUAAAACACAAAUCUUUAGGGCUGUACCCUCCAAGGACUAAAG